AUGAAUUCCGACGAGAAGGAGGACUGUGAGUGUGCGCCACCACAGGCCGACAUUAGCCCAGAAGGAGGAGCUGACAGACAAUACGACGAGCCUGAAGUAGAAAACCCAGAAGCAAGCCGAAUGAAGCGAGCGGCUGCCAAGCAUCUAAUAGAGCGCUAUUACCACCAGUUAACAGAGGGUUGUGGGAAUGAAUCGUGCUCCAAUUCAUGGUGUGCCUCGUCUUUCGGCUUCCGCCGCAUGGACAACAAUGCGGCAGCUGUCAAAGCCCUCGAGCUCUACAAGGUCAAUGCAAAACUGUGCGACCCUCACCCCUCAAAGAAAGGUACAGCUUCAGUCUACCUGGAGAACACGCCGUGUAGCAAUACCAAGAUGAACCAUAAAGAUGUCCACUCUGUACGAGACAAUUUCAAAGAUGUGAGUUACCUGACAGAGGAGAAAGUGUAUGAGAUCUUGGAUAUCUGCGGUGAGAAAGAAGAUUACUCCCCUCUCAUCAGAGUAAUCGGCCGAGUGUUCUCCAGCGCUGAGGUCCUGGUCCAGAGCUUCAGAAGGUCUAAUCCGCACACCAAGGAGGAGCUCAAGUCCCUACAGGAAAAGGACGAGGACAAAGAUGAGGAUGAAAAGGAGUCUGCCGCCUGCUCGACCACAGCCAUGGAGGAGGAUUCUUCGACUUCUUCAUCGUCACGGCAUGGGGAAGGGUCAUCGGGAGAGAACGCUGGCCAAAAGCUGGCCCCUGACGAGGUGACGGUAGACAUUGAAGCGGUGCGCCGGGUGUACGAGCGCCUGCUGUCAAAUGAAAAGAUAGAAGCUGCUUUCUUGAACGCUCUGGUCUACCUCUCACCUAACGUAGAGUGUGACCUAACGUACCAUAAUGUUUAUUCCCGCGACCCAAAUUACCUUAACCUGUUUGUUAUUGUGAUGGAGAACAGCAAUCUCCACAGCCCAGAAUACUUAGAGAUUGCCCUCCCACUGUUCUGCAAGGCCAUGAGUAAACUCCCACUGGCCGCUCAGGCCAAACUUUCUCGACUGUGGGCGCACUACAGUACCGAGCACAUCCGACGCAUGGUGGAGACCUUCCAGCAACUCAUUACCUACAAGGUAAUCAGCAACGAGUUCAACAGCCGCAACUUGGUGAACGAUGACGACUCCGUGGUGGCGGCCACCAAGUGCUUGAAGAUCGUCUACUAUGCAAAUGUGCUCGGCGGAGACCUCGAUACGGAGCACAAUGAGGAUGAAGACGAAGAGCCCGUCCCUGAGUCUAGUGAGCUCACUCUACAGGAGCUGCUAGGCGAGGAGAGGCGGAACAAGAAGGGUCCUCGGGUGGACCCACUGGAGACAGAAAUGGGCAUCCGCACCAAUGACUGUCGGCGGCCACUCAUCCCCUUUGAGGAGUUUGUUAACGAGCCUCUGAACGAGGUGUUGGAGAUGGACAAGGACUACACUUUCUUUAAGGUUGAAACUGAAAACAAAUUCUCCUUCAUGACGUGUCCUUUCAUCCUUAAUGCUGUCACCAAGAAUCUAGGUCUGUACUACGACAACCGCAUUCGAAUGUACAGCGAGCGACGUAUUACGGUGCUAUACAGCUUAGUGCAGGGCCAGCAACUCAAUCCGUACCUGAGGCUAAAGGUCCGCCGUGACCACAUCAUUGAUGACGCUUUGGUCAGGCUGGAGAUGAUUGCAAUGGAGAAUCCUGCAGACUUGAAAAAGCAGCUGUACGUGGAGUUUGAAGGAGAACAAGGAGUUGAUGAAGGAGGUGUUUCCAAAGAGUUUUUUCAGCUUGUUGUUGAGGAGAUCUUCAACCCAGAUAUUGGCAUGUUCACAUAUGAUGAACUCACCAAACUCUUUUGGUUCAACCCUUCGUCGUUUGAAAAUGAGGGCCAGUACACACUGAUUGGAAUAGUUCUUGGCCUCGCCAUCUACAACAAUUGCAUCUUGGAUGUUCACUUUCCAAUGGUGGUCUACAGGAAGCUAAUGGGCAAGAAAGGAACCUUCAGGGACCUUGCCGAUGCCAACCCUAUUCUUUACCAGAGCCUGAAGGAGCUUUUAGAGUAUACGGGAAGCGUGGAGGAGGACAUGAUGAUCACGUUCCAGAUUUCUCAGACAGAUCUCUUCGGGAAUCCACUCAUGUAUGAUUUAAGGGAAAACGGUGAUAAAAUUCCAGUAACAAAUGAGAAUCGAAAGGAAUUUGUGGCUCAGUAUGCAGAAUACAUGUUGAACAAAAGUGUGGAGAAGCAGUUCAAAGCAUUUAGGAGAGGUUUUCACAUGGUCACCAAUGAGUCACCACUCAAGUACCUCUUCAGGCCUGAAGAAAUAGAGCUACUUAUAUGUGGGAGCAGGAACCUGGACUUCUUGGCACUGGAGGACACAACGGAAUACGAUGGAGGCUACAACAGAGAUUGCCGAAUCAUCAAGGAGUUCUGGGAGACAUUACACUCUUUUGGAGAGGAACAGAAGCGACUCUUCCUUCAAUUCACCACAGGCACUGACAGAGCACCCGUCGGGGGGCUAGGCAAACUGAAGAUGAUUAUUGCCAAGAAUGGGCCGGACACCGAUCGGCUGCCAACAUCUCACACUUGCUUUAAUGUGCUACUGCUGCCAGAGUACAGCAGCAAAGAGAAGCUGAGGGAGCGACUGCUGAAAGCCAUCACCUAUGCCAAAGGGUUUGGCAUGCUCUGA